AUGAGAUAGCCAUUAGAUUACAGUCGUCUAUGGUUGCAGAAAAAAAAGAAGAAAAAAUUGAAAUCUCAUAUAGCCUUUGGUUCAUCUUAGGACAAACUUAAAGCCAAAUAAUUACCUACAUUACCUGAUUAUGAUAUCAAUUACACUUCAGUUGAACCAAAUUCAAGAAAAGCAAUAAUAGCUAAAUCAGACAAGACCAAAAGAUCUUUAACAGAAAUAUCCAGAUCAUACAUUACACCUUCAAGAAUGAAAUUACCAGAAUUAGUAUAGUAAUAGAAUUAAUGCUUUGUGUUAAAGCCUUCUAUCAUUCAAAUUAAAGAAUAUACUCCAAAAAUGUAUGAAAUUUUACCUUAUACAACCAAUGAAUUAAAGGAAUGUUUCAAUAAUCUCUUGUAAUAUAUAUAAAAUUGAUCUAUUAGAUCUAAACACAAAGUAAAAAAACCAGAUUACAAUUUCAUAAUAUGA